AUGGCGGAGCAUAAACCUCCUGCUGCUGCACCUGCAGCAGCAGCAACAACAACAACAGCAACAGCAGCAGCAGCAACAACAACAGCAGCAACAGGAGCUGCAACAGCAACAGAAGCAAGACCAGCAGCAACACCCGCAGCAGCAGCAGCAGGAGCAGCAGCAACAGGAAGCAGGGACCCUGCAGCUUUGCUGCAGCAAUUGUCUUCAUUAGCAGAUGAUGAUGAUAGCUGGGAAGCUGAUGCUUCAUAUUUAACAUAUUUAGAAGCAAAGUAUAGAGAUGUUGAAUGCCCCUUAUUCCUGGAGACGAUCCCAGACGAUCCCAGCGACGAUCCCCAGCUGCAUGCGCUGCAGCUGCUUGCAUAUGAAGCCUUCGCCUCAGGGGUUCUGCUCGAACCUUGGGUUUUGGGAACUGAACGGGCUUUAAAUCAAGGCAUAAACAACUCAAAAGAGUUGUCUCUCGUUCAUUCAAACAUAUCUCUCUGCUAUCUUAAAGAAGGGCAGCUGCUGCGGUGUAUAGACAGCGCGCGGGAAGCGAUUAAACUAAACCCAGCAAACCUUAAAGCGUACAUGCGAGGGGCUAAGGCAUCGCUGCAUCUCGAGCUGUAUACACAAGCAGAACGAUUUGCUGCUAUGGGCCUCCAAGCAGCAGCAGCAGCAGCAGAAGCAGCAGAAGCAGCAGCAGCAGCACCAGCAGAACCAGCAGCAGCAGCAGCAGGACCAGCAGCAGCAGAAGCAGAAGCAGCAGCGAAAGAAGCAGCAGCAAUAAAAGGCGGGGAAGCAGCAGCAACAGCAGCAGAAGCACCACCACCGCCAACAGCAGAAACAGCAGCAGCAGCAGCAGCAGCAGCAGCUCCGGCAGCAGCAGCAGCAGCACCAGCACCAGCAGCAUUCGAUCCAGAAGCUGAGAAGGAAUUGAAGCUGCUUCAGCAGCAAGCGAGGGAGCGCCACGCGGCGCAGCAGGAGCGCAAGCGAGCAGCAGCAGCAGCAGCAGCAGCAGCAGCACGGGGGCAGAAGCAGCAGAUACCGUCUCCAAAAGAAAUCCUCAGCAAAAGAGGUAUCUGCUGCUGCCCCGUGCCUCCUGGCCUAUCUGAAGCAGCAGCACAAAUUGCUGAAGUGUCUGUACACCUGGAAGUGUUAACUGGCGAAUACUUCUUGCUGCUGCCGCUGCUGCUGCUGCUCGAUGAAUACUGCAGGGCAGAUGCUGUUGCUGCAGCAGAUGAACGCCUCUCGCUACUGCAGCAACUCAAAACUAUAUUCCCUUCUAAAUAUACCCUCAUGAAACAGCAGCAGCAGCAGCAACAGCAACAGCAGCAGCAACAGCAACAGCAGCAGCAACAGCAGCAGCAGCAGCAGCAGCAGCAGCAAGAAGCCACGGAUUUCCCUUCUUGGGACCAUGAGAAAAAAUACUUCUUAGAAAACCUCGUGGCAUAUUAUGAGUGCGGUCUACCUGGUGGGGUGCUGCUGAGCUUUCCUAUAAAUCUCCCGUUGGCUCUUCUUCUGCAACGCGUUAAGCGAUUUCCUAGCAUUGCUGCCUUUCAUAUACUUGCAAAAGGGAGUCCAGCCCACGAAGCAUUUGUUAGAGACAACCGAAUUGAAAAGCUAACAUUCUAA